AUGUCUAGGAAUCAGACUGAUGAUGUGUUCUCAUCGUCUCCUGCUCAUCCAUCUCACACUCGCAAUCCGUACGCGAACGCUCAGAGCCAGCUAAGAAAGAGUCUCAAGCGGUCAGCUGCAGUGGCAACGCUUCCUUCUCCACCGCAGAGUACGAUGAAGCGCCAGGCACAACAGAAUGGCGUACGCACAUCUAUGGAACUGAGGUCCUCCAGCUCCAAGCAUGAUACCGUUCCUGCCUUACUUCAUGUGAUUCAAGAAAUCGCUGAACGAUCUCCUUCGCCGUUUUCUGGGCCGCCCGUGAAGGAGGAACUGCCUGCUUCACGGGGGAGUGCCAGUAAAAAUGAGGUUGCGGGAGAGUCAGAAGAAUCAACUAACCGUCCUCAGACGCCACCGCCUCGGGAUACGCCGCCUCCGAUGCCUGUGGAAGCCCCGGUUACGCCUCCUCCAACACGGAAACGUGCAAAAAAGACGGGACCUAUCAGGGAUAGUCCCAACAAUCCAUUCCUUUCAACCAGCCCUCGACACCCUCGCACUAGUACUCUCCCCCCGCUGGAGGAGCGAGAGACUGUGGACUUUGUCUUCCGAGGUGCCAAAUCAUCGUUCCCCAAUCCGUUCAAGAAGCGGCCGCUCGCCCCUGGAGAAGUCGAUCCCUCAACCUUGGAUCCUGCGGACCCGGGUUUCUCUCCAGAUACUGUUAUUCAACCAAAACUUUUGUGGCCUUCCUCGCCGUCCACACCUAGGACCCGAUCUCAGACUGUCGCAGCCAGGAUGAGAUCAUCGCGUUGUGAUCCUUCUUCCAUUCCUUCUUCACCAUCAGAGGGGCCCUCGUCCCAUCCAUCUGCAACUGAUACCGUCCCUUCUGAGCUCCCCGUUUCCCGGAGACUUUUCCCCGAGGCGCACGCCAUUGGUCCAUCUCAUCACGCUAAAACGGCUGAGAUGAAGGAAGGUAUAAGGAAAGGAAGGAUGUCGGGGAGUAUGGUUAUCGCGCAGGCGCAUGGACCGAUACGAGCUGGGAAGGAGACGCUGGCCACCGUUGCGCGACCAGGAUUGUCGCGAGAACCUAGCCAUAUUCCAAAGUCCACGAGGGUGAAGGCGGCUGAGAGCCUGUUGUCACGAAAGGCAUCAUCCACUUCCGCCUCCGCGACUUCCGGAGUGAAGACACGCUCUGCUUCUUCGCCAAAAAAGACGACGGAUGAAGUCGCUAGGAGAGAAUGA